AAGUCCCAUCCUUGUCUUGGGUUCUCACGAAAGUCACUCUCUUCCGGACAAGAAAAAAAAGUCACUCUCUUCCAGUCUGGCGACCUGCGCCGUCAGCCGGCCGCGAUCCAGUUGAGGGCUUCUUGGCACCGAUCUGCGAGCCAGGGAGUAGGCGAUGCCGAUGCAGCAAGGAGGAGGGGACGAUGGCUGCAAGGACCAGCGAGCGACCGGCAACCCGGUCCGCGACAGUGGCGCUCCAUCCGAUUCGCCGCCGCCGUUCCCCUCCACCGAGUCGCCAUCGUCCGAGAAGCUUGAGCAUGAGGACGAGCAGCAGCAGGCCGGGCCAAGCCUCCCGGAGGACGCUCUGGUGGAGAUCCUGUCGCGGGUGCCCUACAGGUCGCUCCGCCGCUUCAAGUGCGUGUCCAAACCGUGGCUUGCCCUCUGCUCCGCCACCGACAUCCGCAGGAGGUCGCCGCAGACCUUGUCCGGCUUCUUCCACUUCGGUGUGGACGGCCUCAUGUUCCACAAUCUGUCCGGGAGAGGCCCGCCCAUGGUCGACCCCUCUCUGCCGUUCUUGCGCCGGAGCUACAAGCGCGUCACGGUCGAGCAAUGCUGCAGCAGCCUUCUCCUCUGCCAGUGCGCCGGCAAGUCGUGUUCAGAGGAAUACGAUUACGUCGUGUGCAAUCCCGCCACCGAGAGGUGCCAUCUCUUGCCUCCUAUAGUACUGCCUGACGGCCAGCCUCAUACUCUGGACCCGAGCAACAUCUUCUUGGGUUUCGACACGGCCGCUCCGUCCAGCUUCCUGGUGUUCGCGCCCAUGAGCAGCUAUUGUGACGAAUUUGCGGAGGUAGCAAUCUACUCGUCAGACACUCGACGAUGGACUUUCGUGCAGAGCAACUGGGGCGGUAAAACUUUUCUGGUUGGUAAUCCGGAAUGCGUCUUCCUCAAUGGGAUUAUGCAUAUGACUACGCACCAUUCCUCGGUAGCCACGGUUGACGCGGAGGGAAAAGUUUGGAGGACAAUUGAAAUACCAGGCGUCAUGCCGAACCGCUAUGAUAAUGCCAUGGCUUCCAUUGGUCAGUCGCAGGGACGCUUGCAUGCGUGGCGGAUAGAUUAUCAUCAUGAUUGCCAACUCUAUGUUUGGGUUCUCGUGGAUUAUGAGAGUGGAAAGUGGUCCCUAAAGCACACUGUUAACGUCUUGGAGUUAUUCAGAAUGCAUUGCCGCAAAGAUGUGGAGUCCUAUACAAUGUUUGCAAUUCAUCCGGAAUGUGAUUUGAUCUUCCUUACUGAUGGGGAGGAGAUGACAAUGUCAUAUGAUAUGGAUAAUCAAAAAGUGCAUGUUAUCUGCACUUCUGAAGAAUUCUUGGGUGGUCUACCUUAUACUCCCUGUUUUGCGGAAUGACAGUGAGAUGGUCGCUAAAAGUCAGUGGAGCUUCGCAAUCUUCGCAUGACCCAAAUUCAGCAGUAGCUGGUAUGGACCUAUUCUUCUAAUUAUGUGGCACUGGCUUGGAAAUGCCCCAACUCCUAUGCCUACAGUUUGGUAUCCAGUAUGUUUUUGUUUAGGUGCAUGACUUUUUGUGCCUUUGAAUAAUUUUUGCUACCCAGGACUUUAUAAGGGUGCUGCUUAAUUAUUUAAUCUAGUAUUUGUUGUCAUGUUGUACUGAUUAUUCAAUGCUGGUAAGCUAGUAUACUGCUGAUU